CUAUUACCUCCCGUUGCCAUAGCGCGUUUAAACUUCUGAGUUUUGAGUGUUGGUCACAACUUAUUAAAAAGAUGAAGAUUGAAGAAGUUAAGAGUACUGUGAAAACACAAAGAAUUUCUAGUCAUAGUCAUAUUAAAGGUUUGGGCUUAGACGAAAAUGGGGUGCCUAUACAAAUGGCGGCUGGUUUGGUAGGCCAAGAAAAUGCCAGAGAGGCUGCUGGAAUAGUAGUUGAAAUGAUUAAAUCAAAGAAAAUGGCAGGAAGAGCUGUGCUGAUGGCGGGACCACCAGGAACUGGUAAAACAGCAAUAGCUCUAGCUAUGGCUCAAGAGUUAGGAAAUAAAGUACCAUUUUGCCCAAUGGUAGGUUCAGAAGUGUUCAGCUCUGAAAUUAAAAAGACAGAAGUAUUGAUGGAAAAUUUUAGGAGAGCUAUUGGCCUAAGAAUUAAAGAAACUAAAGAAGUAUAUGAAGGUGAAGUUACAGAGCUCACACCUGUAGAAACAGAAAAUCCAAUGGGAGGGUAUGGUAAAACUGUAUCCCAUGUGAUCAUUGGCUUGAAAACAGCGAAAGGUACAAAACAGUUGAAGUUAGACCCUAGCAUUCAUGAAAGUUUAACCAAGGAAAAGGUAGAAGUUGGAGAUGUUAUAUACAUUGAGGCUAACAGUGGUGCUGUUAAGAGGCAAGGAAGGAGUGAUACAUAUGCUACUGAAUACGAUCUUGAGGCAGAAGAAUAUGUCCCUCUACCUAAAGGCGAUGUUCAUAAAAAAAAAGAAGUCAUCCAAGAUGUGACAUUACAUGAUCUAGACGUUGCAAAUGCUAGACCACAAGGAGGGCAAGAUGUUUUAUCAAUAAUGGGGCAACUUAUUAAGUCAAAGAAAACAGAAAUUACUGACAAGUUAAGAGCUGAAAUUAACAAAGUUGUUAACAGGUACAUAGACCAAGGUAUUGCUGAACUAGUGCCUGGGGUGCUUUUUAUUGAUGAAGUCCACAUGCUGGAUAUAGAAACCUUCACUUACCUUCAUCAGGCUCUUGAAAGUGCGAUAGCUCCUAUUGUAGUCUUUGCUACAAAUCGAGGUCGUUGUCAAGUUAGAGGGGCUGCAGACAUUAUUUCACCACAUGGACUACCGUUGGACCUUCUCGAUAGGCUGCUCAUUAUUCGUACUGCGCCUUACACCCAACCAGAGAUGGCCCAAAUUGUCAAGUUGAGGGCUGUAACCGAAGGACUUAGCAUUGAUGAAGAUGCAUUAUCAGAGCUGAGUGAUAUUGGAAGCAAAACAACUCUCAGGUAUGCAGUUCAGUUACUAACUCCAUCCAAUUUAACUGCAAAAGUGAAUGGUCGUUCCUCUAUCACUAGAGAAGAUGUAGCAGAAGUGGGACAACUGUUUCUAGAUGCAAAAUCAUCUGCCAAAAUACUAGCAAAACAUCAGGACCAGUUUAUGAAAUAAAUAGGUUUCAUAGUUGUAUUUAUAUGUAUCUAUUGUUUUGGUAUAUCUAUGUUUAAUGAAAAUUAUCAUACCAUUGUAUAAAUUAAUCUUUUUU